CUCCUCUGGUCACCACUAUGGAUGUCACACCACUUCCUCAGUCUCAGUCUGUCCAAAAUUGGGAGCAUAAUAUUUCCUUCACCUCAACUAUCAGUCUCACCCCACAUGCCAGGCUGCUAGGUGUAAUCCUGAACUCUGACUUAUCCUUCCAGCCUCACAUACAAUCACUGUCUACUAAUUCACUCUCUGGUUAUUUCUGCCUGGUUACUGCAACUCCUUCUCUUUCAGUCCUUCAUGGAUGCUACUUCCAGAGUCAACCAUCAGUUGACUGCUUCCUCCUUCUGCCAAUCCCUCCACCGGCUUCAUUCCUUGUCCUCCAGCCCUCUCUGCCAAUCCCUCCACCAGCUUCAUUCAUUGUCCUCCACCCCUUCCUGCCAAUACCUCCACUGGCCUCCGUUUGGUGUCCUCCACCCCUCUCUGCCAAUCCCUCCACCAGCUUCAUUCAUUGUCCUCCACCCUUCCUGCCAAUAGCU